UUCCUUGUUGUUGUUGAGCCGUUACUGAAGUCCUGUGUGUGUGGGCACAGGGAGGAGCCGAGCACCUCUUUCUAUAGGCGGCUUCACAGCGAGGGGAGUCGAGGAGGAAGAGGCUGAGAGGAAGAGAAGAGCAAGUGGGCGGGAUCUAAACCCAGGCUGGAGUAGAGCAUCCCUGACCGUGGCUCGGCUAACGGCUAGAGAAGCGUCUCCAGACUGAUGCUGAGUCAGGUACAGGUGGAGUCACAUCCUGUUUGGCUUGGUCCCUCCAGAAAUCAUGGAGGAGCUGGAACAUACCUGUCCACUGCCACGAACGACUCUUAUAGAGCCAGCCAUAUUUACCCCAGAGACGAGUUGUGAGUGUCGGGCUCCACACGAGAAGCUGACGGUAGAGCAGGCUCGACUCGGAACGCCUGUGGACCGGCCGGUGCGAAUCUAUGCAGAUGGCAUCUUUGAUCUUUUUCACUCUGGUCACGCUCGUGCCCUGAUGCAGGCUAAGAAUCUGUUCCCUAACGCCUACCUUAUAGUCGGAGUAUGCAGUGAUGAACUCACUCACAAGUUCAAGGGCUUCACCGUAAUGACAGAAGACGAACGGUACGAUGCAUUGAGACACUGCCGCUACGUUGAUGAGGUUUUGCGCGAUGCGCCCUGGACUCUGACCCAAGAGUUUUUAGAAAAACACAAGAUCGACUUUGUGGCGCAUGACGACAUCCCAUACUCCUCUGCUGGAUCUGAGGACGUGUACAAGCAUAUUAAGGAGGCAGGUAUGUUUGUGCCCACUAAAAGGACAGAAGGGAUCUCAACGUCUGACCUGAUCACCCGGAUAGUGAGAGACUAUGACGUGUACGCUAGACGCAACUUGCAGAGGGGCUACACCGCUAAAGAACUGAAUGUCAGUUAUAUUAAUGAAAAGAAGUACCGUCUGCAGAAUCAGGUGGACAGGAUGAAAGAGAAGGUGCGGACGGUAGAGGAGAAGUCCAAGCACUUUGUGUAUAGAGUGGAAGAGAAGAGCCAUGAUCUUAUUCAGAAGUGGGAGGAGAAAUCACGAGAAUUCAUUGGGAACUUCCUGGAGCUCUUUGGUCCAGAUGGGACAUGGAAACAAAUGUUUCAGGAACGUAGUGGACGAAUGAUCCAGGCGCUUUCUCCACGCGGCUCACCCAGCAGCAGCCCAACAAGGGAGUUUUCCCCAUCCCGCUCUCCGUCACCUCCAUCCCGCUGGGCCAUGCCCCGAACCUCACCGCCCUCGUCCCCGAAGGGCGCCUCGGCCUCCAUCAGCAGCAUGAGCGAGGGCGACGAGGACGAGAAGUGAGGAGUCAACCAUCACACACAUAAUAGACUGCACUUUACCCACAAACACACACAAAUUAGCAGCGAUGACAGGUUACCUACCCUCAUGGGAUAACUUUAAGUACUGUACACAGCACAGGGUUGUUGAAGUCCUGUUUAGUUAUGCUGUUAUUACAGCAAAUAUUUGAAAGCCAUCUCAGCGCUGAACAGAUCCUGGGGGGGGAUUCACUGAAUCAAUUGUGGCCACUGUUACAGUCUUUUCUUUGCACAUACUAUUUGUUGUUAUAGCACCCAAAUCGAUAAAGAUAACAUCAACAGGAAUGAGCAAUAUCAGUAUUAUAAUGUUAUUAGCCGAUAUAUUUAACUGUUCGUGCUUGUACAAUUGUUUGGUUUCCCGUAUUUUUACAUUCAGAAUACCUUUGUCAUCAUCUUUAAACCCACUUUUAAUCUAAUAACAAUAAUUUUUACCAAAUUCCAAAAUAAUGAUUGAUUUUUCAUACUGUACAUUAUAAUUUUGUGAUUAUUUUCAAUAUUUCAUUUGAAUAUCUGACAUUUAUUAGUUAUCGGACAUAACAAGAAAAAAAUAUUGGCUUAUUUUAAUAUCGGUGCAGCCCCACAUAUUUGGCUAUAGGAGAAAAGUGGGCCAAUAAAAAGUGUGGUUAGUGAAAUAGACCCUGAAUUUGUUUUGCGCUGAAAUAUUGUGGACAAAAGUGGUGCAAUUCAGUUUGAAGUUUGAUGUUGCUCAGGUCUGACUGGAACAUUGGGACUGUCCUACUGUAA